GGCGUCUGAAGGGAAUCUUCAAGUGUUGUGCUCACGGUUCCAGUCGCGAGUCUCAGACCGCCACAGCUCAUUCCCUUCGUUUCACUACUUUUGAUACCCCUAUGAAGCGAUAAUGUCAGUCGUUUGCGCCCGCCAUGUUGGGCGCGCGCGGCUUCCAGCGCGAUACUCCCCGCCAACAACACUCCGCUCCGUACCCAACCGGCCAUUCUCUUCCUCCGGACCUCUCUUCGAUGCACAGCCGCGGCAAUCCUUUAGAUCCAGACUCAAUUCCGCGCUUAAGAACACAAAAAUAGAAUGGAAACCCAUACCGAUCGCUCUGGGAGUGACGUUCUUGGGAGCAUUCCAGCUCUAUCGCAUCCAACGGCGAGAGAAGCAUAUACAGAGCAAUGAGGGUGCAGAUAUUCCGAGGAAAAGGGAACGCAUCCGGCCCAGUGGACCAUGGACGGUCCAGGUCAUGUCGACGCUGCCCUUGAAAGCAUUGUCGAGACUAUGGGGCCGCUUCAAUGAGUUGACCAUUCCGUACUACCUGCGCGUUCCCGGCUUCAAGCUGUACGCCUUCAUCUUUGGUGUCAACCUCUCGGAAGUCGCCGAACCUGAUCUCCACACCUAUCCCAAUCUCGCGGCUUUCUUCUAUCGCACCCUCAAGCCCGGUGUCCGUCCUUUGGAUCCUAACCCCCAUGCCAUCCUCUCGCCUGCGGAUGGUAAGGUCAUCCAGUUCGGCCACAUCGAGAACGGGGAGGUAGAACAGGUCAAGGGCGUGACGUACAGCUUGGAUGCGCUUCUUGGAUCUGAGCGUCCAUCGCAAAAUGCCCCCAUUGCUGAUGCGCGCAUCGGCGCCAAGCACGAACACAUGAAAGUUGACCACGAGGACAUACUCCGUACAGACCAGGAAUUCGCCAAGGUCAAUGGCAUCACCUAUACCCUUCCUAAUCUCUUCUCGGGCCCGUGGCCGAAGCACGGGACGCCUUCCGAAAUGCCCUCCGACCAGUCCAUGCCGGCUGCUCCGUCAAUCGAGUCGGAAGUGCGUGCUGAUCUCGAGGGUAGCGAGGCAGCCGGUCCGUGGUGGGCACCAACAUCGGCAAAGACACCCACCGGGCUCUACUUUUGCGUCAUCUACCUCGCUCCGGGCGAUUACCAUCGAUUCCAUUCUCCCGUCUCCUGGGUUGUCGAAAGCCGCCGUCACUUUGCUGGUGAGCUCUACAGUGUAUCCCCUUACCUCCAGCGAACUCUCCCCGGUCUGUUUACUCUGAAUGAACGGGUCGUGCUACUUGGUCGUUGGCGCUGGGGCUUCUUCUCUUAUACGCCUGUGGGAGCCACCAAUGUUGGUUCCAUCAAAAUCAACUUCGAUCGCGAGCUCCGCACAAACUCCCUGACCACAGACACAGCAGCCGACCGUGCUGCUCAUGAGGCUGCCAAACGAGGGGAACCCUACUCUGGCUUUGCCGAAGCUUCAUACGUAAAUGCUAGCCGAGUCCUCAGAGGCCAUGCCCUCGGACGUGGAGAGGAAAUGGGUGGCUUCCAACUGGGCAGUACUAUUGUACUUGUCUUCGAGGCCCCGAAGGGCAGACGGCCAACCAUGGACGAAGGCGAGGGCCACGAAGGAGAACCAGAAGGGGGUCUUCGUUGGACCAUUACUGAGGGACAGAAAGUCAAGGUUGGCGAAGCGUUGGCCGUUGUAGAAGGGGAGGACUAAUGGCCCGCUCGACUGUAUAUUAAACUGUAUGGUUCACUUGUGCAGAUGUAAUCUAGCGAUGGUUCCAUGUAGCUAAGAAGUCAUUCAUAGUUGACUUGAGCUGCUUUCACAUUUCGAAGGUCCACAUCAUACUUCAAGCUAAAAUGGCAGUUGUACCCGAUGCCAAGUUAUCUGAUGGGGCAACGUUAACCGGC